CCCACCUAAAAUUUAUUAUCGGGACGUGAUAAGAUCGAAAAUUUACCUAUCGUCGUUCAUGCCUGAAGGUCCUCUUUCCCUCUUCUCCCUUCUUUGCCCCUCGUUUCCCGCUGGAUCUCGUGAAAUUUUGCAAACUAGAAACACUCCUUAAUCAAUAAUCUUUUCUUUUUCUUUAUCAUGUCUGCUGUCAACGAGAACAACCUGGAGGGCGUGAGUGAGACUGUCCUCACCCUCCGCAAGGUUGUUGUCAAUGAAUCCGAGCCCCUCGCGCGCCGCUUCCGGGCCCUCUUUUCUCUCAAGUACCUGGCGUGCCUGCAGCCUCCGUCCGAGGACACCCUUCCCGCUAUUGAGGCCAUCGCUGCCGCUUUCUCAUCCAAGUCGGCUUUGUUGAAGCAUGAGCUUGCCUACUGUCUUGGUCAGACUCGCAACCCUGACGCUGUCGCGUUCCUUCAGCAGGUUCUGAAGGACAAGGAGGAGGAUGUUAUGUGCCGUCAUGAGGCCGCUGAGGCCCUAGGUGCUCUGGGCUACGAGGACAGUCUGGAGAUUCUCAAGGCACUGAAGGACGAUGAGAAUGAGCCCGAGGUCAUUCGGGAGACUUGCGACAUCGCCGUGGAUCGUAUCGUGUGGGAGAACUCCGAAGCCAGGAAGGCUGAGAAGUUGAAGCCUAGUGACUUCACCUCCAUCGACCCCGCCCCACCAAUGCCCCUAGAAGCCGCAGAACCCUCUAUUCCUGAGCUGGAGAAGACAUUGCUGGACACCAAGCUUCCUCUCUUCCAAAGAUACCGUGCCAUGUUUGCCCUGCGCGACCUCGCCUCGCCUCCUGAUCUGCCCACCGCCGUUCAGGCCGUCGAUGCGCUCGCCAAGGGUCUCAAGGACCCCUCUGCGCUGUUCCGCCACGAGGUCGCAUUCGUUUUCGGUCAACUUUGCCACCCCGCAUCCGUCCCUAGUCUCACCGAGUGUCUGAGCAACCAAGAAGAAGCUGGUAUGGUGCGCCACGAAGCUGCCGAGGCCCUCGGUAGCUUGGGUGACGUUGAGGGUGUCGAGGAUACCCUGAAGAAGUUCUUGAACGACCCCGAGCAGGUUGUCCGGGACAGCAUUAUCGUGGCUCUUGAUAUGGCCGAGUUUGAGAAGAACGGAGAGAUGGAGUAUGCGCUGGUGCCGGACUCUGGUGCCCCUGCUGCCGUGUCUGCUUGAUGAAUAAUGCGAACAAAAAGUCUACAAUGCCGGUAAAUAGUUGCUUUCAUGACUCAUAGAUGUACAAUUGAGAAUUUUCAAAAAAACAUAGACACCAGGUCUUUGCCGUUUAGUUGUUCGUCGAUUCCUUGUGACCACAGACACACGUGUAAAACACCGUACUACCUUCAUCUGCACUGCGCAGUUGUACGGUGGUGUAGUACAUCUCUUUCCUUCCACAUUUGAUGCAAGUAUGUUGGGUAAGGGCUUCGGUUCUUCUGUCGGACGCCGUCAAGGUCUGGACCGCAGAUCUUUUCGCUCUCAAGGCAGACGGGAAUGCGCUCGGCUUGGACUCGGAGACAAUAGUCUGGGGAACGGUGUCUUUAUUCCUAGCUCCGCAGACAUCGCAGACAAGAAUCUUAGUGGGAUCUCCAAUUGAGCCAUCCAACAGGGAGCCGCAGUCAGUGCAGAAGACGAGAGUUCCAAUCGCAGACAUAUUGAACGUUUUAGGUUUGCAGCAAAAGGUACCAGAUCAACCGGACAAUUGAAAAUCGAUAUAUGACCCUUUACUUUUUUUUUUUUCUUUCCCGCCUUGAAU